AGACCGUACACUUUCUGACAUCCUGUUUGCAUUGCCCUACCUACUAAAUUGUUACAAUGAAGACCUAUACUCUUCCACUGGUCGCAUUCGCGACAUUCUGUCUUGCGUUUCCCGAGCUCGGGGAUCAUAAAUUCCAAGCCCCAGGUCCUUUCGACAGUCGCUCACCAUGCCCUGGGUUGAAUGCUCUCGCAAAUCACGGCUAUCUUCCCCGCGACGGCAAGAACAUUGACUACGACUUAAUCAACAAAGCUAUACAAGAUGCAUACGGCUGGGCGCCGGGUUCCUUCACCACCGUCGUUGACAUGGUCUUCGAAUUCAACAUAUCCACGACAAAUCGUCCCAAUGAGACUUUCCACCUGUUCGAUCUCGCCAGACACGACACGAUUGAAGUUGACGGCUCGCUCACGCGCAAUGAUAUCUAUUUCGGGGAUGAUGUCCACUUCGAUGCUACCGUUUGGGCUCCUGUAGCCAAGGAUCUGGGAUUGGAUGAUAUCCACUCGAAUAGUCUGUUUGUGACGCCAGAGAUAGCCGCUAAGGCUACGAAGAACCGCUACGAUCUUGCAGAGAGGGUCAAUCCGCAGUUCAAUAACUCUGCGCUUCGACAUGCGACUGAAUAUGGAACUACUGCGUUAUAUCUUCUGACCAUAUGGGAUGGUGAGAACAACGCUGCCCCGAAAUCGUGGGUCAAGGCUCUACUCGGUGAGUUUCUGGAGAGCGACUCUACAGGUUGGCAGUCACUGAUAAGUGAUAGGAGAGGAUCGCAUUCCGUACAGAGAGGGUUAUCAGAAAGGGAACACGACAAAGAGCCCUCAGGCACUCGGUGCCAUGACUCAGACCUUGCGUGAUAUAGUUGGUUGGAAGGCAUGAGGGAGAUUGGCAUUCACAACUUCUAUCAGUAUCAGUAUUGUAUUUACGAAUGAGCCGGUUGUUCUGGAUAGGGGAUAGUUCAUCUGCUACAAUAGAGGGCUCACAUUGGGCGAUUUCAAAAGACCUAGAGGAAAAGUCGGGCCAGGUAAUACUCUCUGUGAGCUUGUUUACUCGGGAUGUCACACGAACAGGUUGAAGGUAGGAGAUCAUGGCACUUUUGAUAGAUCACCAAAUACAAUUUCUUCGAAUGACUG